AUAAGAUGGUGGCGGACGGCGCUCGCGCUCUGGCUGUUCCCUUCCCAGGAGGGGCCCCGCGGCCAGAGGUGAAACCUGUGGUUACAACUUCCAACCUCUGCUUGUUUGGAACUGUUACUCAUUUUGGAAACAACAGUUUGCACACUGAAAGUAGGGCCAUGGUUAAACAAAGUUCUACAUUCAAUCGUUAUAAGCCGCAGGUAAAUUGCACUAAGCAAGAAAUGGACGCACAGUUGUUCUCUCCUUUGUUUGGAGGAAUAACCAAUACACCAGCCACUGUGGAAUCUCCUCAGUUAUACAGUAGCUGGUCAACUUGUGGAGAUGAUGCCAAUGCUGUUGCUUCGUUACAUGACUGCACACAAAAAAGGCCCCAGCUAAAUCUAUCUUAUUCUGGCAAUGGCCCUGAUAUGUUUGGCUUAGUGACAAGCAUCCUUGAGGAGCCAAAUAAGCAGGAAUCUGUUACAGACUGGAAUUCUCUAUCAAGAUUGUUUCCACCAGUGUGUUCAUCAGACUUUGAAAACAAUAGCAGCUUCUCAGGGCUUUUCCCUACAAAAUCUUUGGAAAAGGAAAAUCUUACCAACAUAGUUGAUUCACAGAACCCAAAUGAAGACCAUGUGGGGAAGUUAUCCUCUGGAGAAUUACUAAAGAAAAAACAUGAAGAUUUCCGUGUUAUAGGUUCCUGGCUUGCACCAGAUUCUGAUCCUUGCACUCAAUCACCUGAGGGGAUUUUGAAGGAUGCUAACCCAGAAAGCAAGACUUUUAAGAGUAAUGGAAUCAGUCGGCUACACAGCUUUGCAUAUGUAUGCAAUUAUGACAAGAAACAAUUAAAUAAUGGCAAUCGGAGCACUUCCUCAUCUCAAAUUAGACUAAAAGAUUGUGCUAAUCCUUAUAACGAAUGUCAGAAAGCUGACAAGGCAAGAGACGUGCUUGGCGAAAGUGAUGCAGAAGGAACAAGCAAGUAUUUCACUCAGUUGCCUAAUUCUCCUGUUGGUGGAAUAUGGGACCCAGUAAUCCAGGAAAAUAAUUUGUGUUCUAAAAGAUGCAUGGGUUUAACAGCUGUUCAUGACUCACAACAGUUUAGUUACUCAUCUUCAUACUUUCUCAGCCCAGCUCUUAAUAAAGAAAACAACUUUCCUGAAGGAAGGAAUGCAGCACUAAAUAGCAACAUCAGUGUGGAAAUGACCUUUGGUAAUACUGAUUGUAAGCUCCCUGUACAUCCUCAAAAAGGCUCCUGUAAUCACUUGCCUCUAAAACCAGCUCUUCAUAAUAUGAAUUCAUCUUACAAUGGAUAUACGUGGCUGGAUACUAAAAUAAUAAAUCCCGUAGGUGCAACACAUGUAACUUACGGGAAGCAAAAGCAAAUGAGCUCUCAGUUGCCUUCAGGGCCUUCAACUCAGUCAAGUGGAUGUUCCACCAAUCAGUCACUUGCUCAGCCUUCUUAUUCACACGUGUCACCAGUGUUGUCCUCAAGAAAAGAUGGGAAGUUGCAAUUAUUCACGAACAUUCCCAAUAGCUCAGGGUUUUCCAAUUGCACAGAAAAACAGAAACAACAUAACCCUAUUGGACAGAAUGAUUCCUUAGCUACUCCAGAGGGAUACUAUGGUAAAAUAUCUAUUAAUGCUUCCUCCAGUUGUUUAUCGCAGCAGCAUUCUAUAAAUGAAUCUGCAAAACACCACAAAUUUCACAAUAAGCAAAACAGAUACAAUACUGACGAGAGAACAGGGCAGAAUGAGAGAAGACGUAAAAAUAACUGGAUUCCACGCACAGCUUAUGUGGGUCCAGAUCAAACACAACUUGAUGUAUCAAGAAGAAAACAGGAACAGAAUGGUGCUGGCUUGUCUGAUUUCAUCAAUCCUUCUUUCCUUCCUCUUUUCCCAUUGGUGUCUGGAUAUAAACACUUGCCUAAUUUUCCUCCGUUUAAUCCUCAGCCAUUUUCAUCACCAACUAAUGUUGCAUUUUCUUCAUUGCCAUUUCCGUUGUCUGAACUUGUUGACCUUCUUCAUUAUGAUGACUUUCCCCAUUUAAGUCCUUUCAUUAAUGACCUCUUCUGUGGAGAUAUAGCUGCACCAUAUUUUGCCUUUCCACCACCUCCUAACCACUACAGACCUCCAAAGAACCGUAGUGGACCUGCAAAUGAGCUUCAUAUUCAUCUGGAAGAGUGCUAUGAACAGUGGAGAGCGCUAGAGAGGGAACGAAAAAAGACAGAGGCUGAUCUAGCAAGAAACUUCCCUGGGAAGCGGGUAUCCAGUUCAAAUAACACUCCAUUUUCCCGGCUUCCUGCUAAACCUUCCCGAGUGGAUCGUCUGAUUGUGGACCAAUUCCGAGAGCAGGCAAGAGUCCGCACCUUAAUUGGGAAAAUGGAGCGCCUCUGUGGUAUUCCUGUCCAUAGUAACAUAUCGGCCACUUUGGGUCAUCAUUUGGAAGCAAUCUGUGCUACCCAAGCAAGACGCAAGGAUGAAAUUGUUAAUGCUGUUAAUCCUCAGAGGCAAGGAUCAUCUCGUUACAAUAACGAAAAAGGUCUUCUGCCGUUCUUCUCUGUCUACGCCUAUGGACAAUAUUCCAAGCUGCUGAAAUAA